AUGUUCUUAAUAAAAAAAAGUUUAUGUAAUCUUUUUUUGUUUUUCUUUCUUUUUCUUUCCAUUUUUUAUCUUUUCCCCCCAAUUUUUUCUUUUUCUUUUUUCUUUCCAUUAUUUUUUCUUUUUUCUUUCCAUUAUUUUUUCUUUUUUCUUUCCAUUAUUUUUUCUUUUUUCUUUCCAUUAUUUUUUCUUUUUUCUUUCCAUUAUUUUUUCUUUUUCUUUUUUCUUUCCAUUAUUUUUUCUUUUUCUUUUUUCUUUCCAUUAUUUUUUCUUUUUCUUUUUUCUUUCCAUUAUUUUUUCUUUUUCUUUUUUCUUUCCAUUAUUUUUUCUUUUUCUUUUUUCUUUCCAUUAUUUUUUCUUUCUGUUUCUGAUAAAAACAAUGGAAAGAAAAAGAAAGCUUUUUGCUUUCUUUUUCUUUCCAUUAUUUUAUCUUUUUCCCCCAUUUUUUUCUUUUUCAUUUUCUUUUUCUUUUUUUCUUUCCAUUAUUUUUUCUUUUUUCUUUUUCCAUUCUUUGUUUAUUUACAUCUGUUGAACCAAGGUGAAUGUAAAUUGUUUUUUAUUAACUUUACCCCCACUGCUCUCAUUCUUGGCAAGAAAUAUAAAUUGUCACUACUUUGGAAUCAAAGCCCACCUUUUCUUCCUUUUGUCUUUUCCAGUAUGAUCUCUUUCUCAUCCCUCUCCAAUCCAAGAAAUAUUGGGGCUUGCUAUCUACUAGUAACUACCAUUGUUUUAGAUCUCUCCCUCUCUCUCCCCAACUAUUUUCUUUUGCUUAUUCUUUUUGUCACUCUCUUCUUUCUUCCCUCUCUUUCUCUCCCUUCUCGCAUUUCUUCCCUCUCUUUCUCUCCCUUCUCGCAUUUCUUCCCUCUCUUUCUCUCCCUUCUCGCAUUUCUUCCCUCUCUUUCUCUCCCUUCUCGCAUUUCUUCCCUCUCUUUCUCUCCCAUCCUCCUCUCUCUCUCCUCUUCCUCUCUUAUCAUCCUCUCUUCCUCUCUUAUCAUCCUCUCUUCCUCUCUUAUCAUCCUCUCUUCCUCUCUUAUCAUCCUCUCUUCCUCUCUCUCCUCCACUCUCCUUCAACCAUCUUCUUUCCCUAUUGUUUUCCUCCCACCUUUUUUUGUCUCUCUGUCUUUCUCUUCCUCUCCCUUGCUCUCUUCCUUUCCCCAUUUUCUCUAUCUCUCUCCCUCACUUUCUCUCAUACACGAAGAGGGAUCUCUUGGAGUUCCCAUCUUGAUUAUUACUACAAUCAUGAUGGUUGUAGGCUAUGCAUCAGAGAUCCGGAAACCAGGAAUUGAGGAUGGGACAUCUUCAGAAAAGGAUCCAAGUGAGAGUCCAGUUUAUGCUGCCCUUGCUAUGCUGACAACUCCCAAAAGCACACCAACCCUAACUCGAAGAACUCCUAUUGAAGAAGUGCCAACCACAAACUUACUGGGCAAGGGUGAGGAAGCUAAUGAAGGUGCAGGGACUCGAACCCAACACCCUGGUGGCAGCAAUAAAGAUGGUGAAGCUAAAGAAAGUAAAAUGAAGACAUUACCCCUCCAGACCAAAUCAUCCCAACAGCAAGAAAAACCAAAAACAAAAGUCAAAGAACAACACCAGCGUUCAUUGAGUGACCAAUGCUUCAUUGCUCUUUUCUGGGCAUUUGUGCUUGUACGCCUCUGGAUCCAUGCCUGGGUUCUGCUACUCAUUCCAAUUCCAAUAGUUUUGAUUAUUCUCAAGAAACUCUGUAAGUGUCUUUUAAUGCUCUCCAAUCAGAAUUUCAAAAAAUGUCUUGAAGAAAUUCUUUAA